AUGUCAUACAGAUGGCAUAUUACUGGAAGAAGUAAAGGACACCAAGGAUCAAUGUCACUCUGUGGAAGUGGUAGACUUGAUGGACUGGGCGAUGGCGGUGGUGGGCUCGAUAGAUUGGGCCGUGGCGGCGGUGGUGGGCUCGACGAUUCAGACGGCGGGGAGCGAGGCGGUGGUGCGGUACCAGUAGUGGUUGAAGAGGUCUGUGGUAAAAUAGCAGAAAACGGAGAUGCGGGGCGUCGUGGUGGUGCAAUAUCAGUGGUGGUUGAAGAUGAAGAGUGUGAUAAUGUAGUAGAAAUAGUAGAUGGUGGGCGUCGUGGUAAUGAUGGGAGCUGCGUGGUUAUGGUUAUGGUGGUAGUAGUAGUUCUCCGGGACGGCGGCGGCGGUGGGGGAGGAGGAGGGGGAGUAGGUGGUGGUGGGGGUGGUGGUGGUAAUGGUGACUGUGUCGAUGAUGAUGAUAAUGAUGCUAAUGGUGAUGGCGGUGAUGUCGGUGAUGAUAUUGAUGGUGAUGAUUUUGGUGGUGAUUCAUUUACCAUAGAUAUUGUUAUGGCUAUUAUUGACUCCUCUUUGCUGGGCUCAAAAAUGUCCUUUGUACACAUAUCUACUGUAGCUAUAUUGUAG